CUUGCAGUUUCCACUUGUCCUGGGCUAUGCCCAGUGCGCCAACAGCCUCCAGCCCCGCAGGUGCGCCGACAGCCUCCAGCCUGGCGGGCGGCUCCCUGUGAAUGGAGUUGCGCGUUUCCGUGGCUCCCCGCGGGGCUGGGCGGGACCCAGGGAGCAGGGCGCACGGGGUGUCCGAGGGCAGGCUGGGAGCCUGUCUUCAUUUACACGUUUGAUGUGUUGCUUACCAUAAGCUUUACAACGUUGAUUUUGACUUUUAAAAAUAUUACAUUGGAAUAUGCUUUAUCUCGGUCACUGAGUGCGGAGUGCUGCGGCGCGAACUCCUUCGGUUCUCGCCUGGGCGAGCGCCUCACCCGCCGGACCGGGCCGGCGCCCACCGCGACAGCCCCAGGGCUCCAGCCUCCCGGUCCCUGGAGGGGUCUUCUGGCCUCUCGCGUCCAUCCCACGGGACCCCGGGCCCGCGCUCCCAGCCGCCUCCGCCCACGCCGGUGUCUGUCCCGCGAAGGUGUCCCCCGCCCGCGCUCACCGCCGCCCUCGGCUCCCGCUGCUGACAGCCCCCUGCGCUUACCGCCGCCGCCGCCUGUAGGUGUCCCCGCGCUCGCGCCAUGGUGGAUGUGCUGGGCGGGCGACGCCUGGUGACCCGCGACGGCGCGUGGGUGGAGGCCGAGGCGGCGCUGCAGAACAAAGUCGUGGCGCUGUACUUCGCCGCGGGCCGGUGCGCACCCAGCCGCGACUUCACGCCGCUGCUCAGCAGGUUCUACGAGGCGCUGGUGGACGAGGCGCGCCCGCCCGCGCCCUUCGAGGUGGUCUUCGUGUCGGCGGACAGCAGCGCGCAGGACAUGCUGGCCUUCAUGAGCGAGCUGCACGGCGCCUGGCUGGCGCUGCCCUUCCAGGACCCGCUGCGGCACGAGCUGAGGGCCAGGUACCAUAUCACCACCAUUCCCAAGCUUGUGAUCGUGAAGCCCAGCGGGGAGGUCAUCACAGACAAGGGGCGGACGCAGAUCCGGGAGCGUGGGCUGGCCUGCUUCCAGAACUGGGUGGAGGUGGCCGACAUCUUUCGAAAUUUCUCCGGAUGAGUUGGGGUCCUGGUGCCCUGGCAGGUGGCAUCACACUGGCUGCUCAGCGCGACCCUGGGAGAAGAGGAGCCUGCGUCCUUUUUCUUCACUCUGGUGCUGUUAGUUUCAGGGCAGGAGCGCUGAGCUCCAGCAGGAGGGAAAUACUGGGGCAGAGUGCCCCCCAUAGCCUGGUUGGUGGUAAUUUUCAUUAUUUGCAUAGCUUUCUCAUAGGAGCUAAAGCAUGGUCACACUGAGCUAUCGGAAAGCCAUAAAAAACGUGCAUUUAUACCGGCUCUUUCAGGUAAAAUAAUGUGUUUAUUAAUUAUUUUAAUAUUUUUAGAGAUCUAUUUAUUUUAAUGAUU